AUGUCGAAUCCUCUGAACGUAUACAAGGGACCCGACUCCGUCCGGAGCUACUUUCACCCAGAGUCGUCACCGCCGCUACCCCUGGUGGAGAUACCCGACCGCCUCAACCCGUACCGCGGGGAUGGCGUCCGCAUAUACGCAAAGAUGAUGUCGAUGCAUCCGGCAAACAAUGUUAAGUCCAUGCCAGCUCUGAAUCUCCUCGAGAACGGUGUCGAGAAGGGCAAGACGAAGACGGUCAUCGAGUACAGCUCGGGGUCUACAGUGAUUUCCAUGUCGCUGAUCGCCCGCGUCUUUUACAAUCUCGCUGAUGUGCGAGCGUACCUGAGCAACAAGACGUCCCCGGCUAAGCUCCGCAUGAUGCAGUUUUUCGGCCUUGACAUAACGCUGUUUGGCGGUCCGUCGCAACCCGAACCCCACGACGAGAGGGGGGGCAUCCGGGCUGCCGAGAGGGAAGCCAUGGAAGACGACUCCAAGAUAAAUCCCAAUCAAUACAAUAACGACGACAACUGGAAGUCGCACAUUCGGUGGACCGGCCCUCAAAUCCUCCGCCAGCUACCGGAGAUCAACGUGCUAUGCGCUGGAAUGGGGACCUCGGGGACCAUGACGGGCUUGGGAACGUACUUCAAAAAGGCCAAGCCUACCGUCUUCCGUGUCGGAGUAUGCACCGCACCCGGCGACCGCGUUCCGGGCCCGCGCUCGCACGCGCUCCUCGCUCCCGUACAAUUCCCCUGGAAGUCGUCCGUAGACCACCUCGAAGAGGUCGGCUCGCACGAUUCCUUCGCGCUGUCUCUGAGCCUCUGCCGCGAGGGCCUCGUGUGCGGUCCGUCGUCCGGGUUCAACCUCAAGGGUCUCUAUAAGUUCAUCGCCAGGCGCAAAGCCGACGGGUCGCUGGCCGAGCUGGCUGGCGAGAACGGCGAGGUCCACUGUGUCUUCCUGUCCUGCGACCUGCCGUAUCAGUAUAUGAGCGAGUACUUUGAAAGGCUCGGGGCCGAGUACUUCCCCAUGAUCCAGAACGAGCACUUGGCCAAGGUGGACAUUUACAGGUACGACGACGAAUGGGAAAAGGAACCCGCCGCGGCUCUCGACUUGUUUUUCACACAGGACGAUAUCCUGGCAGACGCGCUAUUCCCGGUCACGUCCAAGGUCAAGCCGCAGCCCCAGACCUCCAUCAUCGACUUCCGGCAGCCUCUCGAUUUCCACGACUUCCACCUGCCGGGCUCCGUCAACGUGCCUUUCGUGCACGAGGACACGCCUAGUCCCUUCUCUGAGCCUCGCGUCCUCGAGUCACUCUGGGAGAGGUUGGAGGAGACAUUCAAGGCGCCCAGCACGGAACUCCGGGAGCUGUUUCAGGGCAGACGGAUCUUGCUUCUUUGCUAUGAUGGGGACAGCGCGAGAGUGGCCACGAGUGUUCUCAGGGCCAAGGGACACGAGGCGCAUAGUAUCAAGGGCGGGUUCAGGGCCCUGAGGAAGCUGAGGGGGAGGGCUGACGGCGAGUUUUAUGCCAAGGACAAACCCAGCGCAGAGCCUGAGCCCAUUGCGGCGCGUCUUCCGGGUCUCAGCCCUGUUGCUGCGCAGGUCGUUUGA